UUUUUUCUUGCAGGACUCGAGUUUGUCCUCGAUGGAGAAACUGUAGAUGUAUUAGAACCCGUGCUUGUGGACAUGACCGUAGCACCGGUAGAUUCAGAUGUGACUUGCGUCCUAUAUGUGACAGCAGAUUCAAGAGUAACUGAGCAAGGUAUCCUAUCGGUGUGCAACGUGGUCCUACAGCCAAUGUCUGCUCUGUGCACCGAUGACGAUUUUGAGGUGCGGAACUCGCCCAUAUAUAAUAUUCGGUGGUCUGUGAAUUCAUCGGCGAUCUAUAGCUGUGCCUGGAAUUCUAACAAGACCCGAAUUGCACUUGGGAUGGAAGACACUGCAAAGAUCAUGGACGUUAUUACGGAGAAAUCAUUUGUGAUAUCGAGUCGCCGGAGGAACGUUAUAAGUCAACACUUUACCACUGAUGGGGACCUGAUUUACAUGGGUUUGAGGGACAGUGAUGUAAUUCUAUCUGACUUGCGCAUGAAAAGCCAUCAUGUGACUGGUUCCUUAAAAGGCUCUCGAUCGGCAGGCUGGGUUCGGCAACUUCGCUUAUCGUAUCCACAAUGCGUACUCAUAGAGAAUUUUCGGGGCGAGCUGAAACUAUACGAUCUUCGGCGGUCGGAUCGAGAGCUGAUGUCCUUCAGCGGCCAUCGAAACACGCACUUUCGCUUGCCAUGUACAGUGGAUAGCCAAGAGAACUUUGUGUUUGCAGGUAUUGUGGUUUAUUUUGUGUACAAAUAG